AUGUCAACUACUCUCCCACUCUUUUGGAACUUAUCAUCCGCCAGUAAGAAGGAGCGUAUUGACGCGUCUGUCAAGCUCAUCAGCGCGCUCGAAACUCUUCAAGUAUCGUUCGUUCCAAAAGAGCCAAGCCUGGCUAGUGAAGACGAGGAAGACGAUGAGGAGGAGCUGAAUUUUUUGAAUGCGGGGGAUGUAUCGUAUUCGAUUCGGCGGUUAGUGAGGGGUUUGGCGAGUCCAAGAGAGAGCAGCAGACUUGGAUUCUCGGUUGCGCUCACUGAGCUACUUUCCCGCAUCAACACAGUGACAUGUUCACAAAUCCUUGCACUCAUAAUAGAUGCUUCCACAACUCAAGGCUCCGCCUCCGGCCAGGAGGAUCGGGAUGUUCUUUUUGCUCGUCUCUUCGGAAUCACCGCACUUAUCCAGUCCGGGCUCCUCACUCGCCAACAGCCCCUUCCCUCGUCCGGCUCCGCAUUGACAGAGGCCAGCAGCCUCACAGGCUACGUAGAUGUGCUUUCGGAGCUAAUUGCUCUUGGGGAGAAGAAAUCGUGGCUGCGAGAGAGCGUGUGGUGGACACUGGGUCUUGCCGUUGACUCGCUUCACGGGUCUGAGGCGCCCUGGAGGGAAGAUGCCCUCUCCAAAACUCUUGAUGUAGUUUUCGUGGACAAUAAGACCUGGACUCCGGAAAAGCUUGCUCUUGCUCUAAAGCUGCAGAAACUGUGGCCGAACCGCGAAUGGCGCAAACUUUUUGCACCGAUGCUCAAACAUGGGCAGGUGCUGCACACAGGGAACAUGUCGGCGUUAUCAAAGAUUUUGAAGGAGUCUGCCAUGGAAGAGGAGGAGGAUGGGCCGAAGGUUGGAGGACGCUCUUGGAAACCACAGGUCCACUACGUAUGGGACAUAUUGCUGGAUGAGCUGCUCCCAUCUCAGGAGAGUGAGGUGACACCAAAGGGCUCCUUUCAAGAGUUUUUCAGGAUCGUCGUUGACGAAUCCUUAUUUGCUUCUUCCGCGUCUAUUGAGAGGAAGUAUUGGGGCUUCGAGAUUUUCAGGAAGGCGUUGCCCCGUGUCAGGGAGUCGGAUUUACCAAUGCUUUUCACUCAAAACUUCAUGCGGACAUGGAUCAACCAUCUUUCAAACUACGACCGUUACCUGCAUAGUUUCGCUAAGCAGAUUGCCACUAAUAUUCACACUGUUGUUCAAAAGAACCCUGCCAUCGGUUUCGCUUUCAUUAUCCAGCUUACGGGUGUGAACGGAAACCAACAGUUCGACAAACUAACCAAGACGAAGACCGUCGAAUCCAUUCUGGCCACCAUGAACGUGGAUGGAAUACAAAACUAUAUCGGGCACCUGCUCAAGCAUAUAGACGAAAACGACGAGGAUGAUAUCCAGGUCACAAAUUCCCGCCGCUCAUGGAUCAUCGAGCAGCUCGCAGGGCUUAUUCGAAACCACACUAUCCCCAGAACUGAUGAAUGGCUAAAAACUGUUCUCGAUUGGUUCACGGUGCAUGGCAUGUUUAUAGUCAAGAAGAAGUCCGAAAAGAGCUCUUUACGCGCGUUGCACUCGGUGAUAUCCCCUCCAUUGUCAGACGUUUUGCGAAAGCAAUGCAGAGAGCGCCUCUUAAGCUCUUUAGCGGAAUUGACGGCCCAGGCAAGCCUGGUCAAGUCCGAUGAUGAGAAGACUCAGAAGGUAGCUGGUGUUGCUGCAGAUGGAUUUUUUUGGGUCUCAAAGGUCGUUGUCACGAUCGAGCAAUUGGAACAAGACUCCAAGCAUGUCGAACCCCUCUUCGAGUUUGAUGGUGCGGAGAAGGUUAUCCACGAGAAAGCACGGGAAGUGGUCACCGGAUUGCGCAAGAUCACGGGUGACCAGCAGGAGGCGGCCAAGGGCGCUGAACUUCUUCUCGUUUCCUCUGUUUUGCAGCACUAUGCUGCAGAUGACUCUGAUAGCAGGCAUACUGAGUCCCUAGAGACAUGCAUCGAUGGCGCCUCUCGUUUAUUCGCAUCGCCCCGGAAGACCACUCAAAAGAAAGCUAACAAACCGACCACCGAUGAAGAGAAUGUAGAGUCUGUCCCGGAGCCAAUUGACGUCCUCGUGGAUACCAUCAUCGGGUUCAUGGAGAAAGCGACAGCCUACAUGCGCUCCGUUGGCGGACAAAGCUUUUCAUUACUGAGUGGAGCUGUGAAGGAAAGUACGGUAGACCUGAUCCUCUCUCAACUUGAGCGUCGUGACCCUGCCGAACUUCUAGCCGACGACAGCAGCGACGAAAUGGAUGUUGACGAGGAUGAAAGUGAGGGGCGCGAUGCAAGCAGCGGCGAUGAAGACGGAGAUGAAGAUGAUGAUGAAGAUGAAGACUCAUCGUCAAGUGGCGGCGAGGACGAUGACGAUGAAACUGGCGAUGAAGACGAAGAUCCAGAACUUCGUAGAAAAAUCACUGAGGUCUUGCGGGCGAACGGUAUAGAAGCAGCGACGGGUUUAUCCGACGACGAAGCAGAGGAAGAUCAAAUGGACGACGAGCAGAUGAUGGCUAUAGACGAUCAGCUGGCGCAGAUCUUCCGUGAGCGCACGAAGGGCAAGGGUAAAGUAUCAGAUGGGAAUGCACAACGGGAGGCGACGCAUUUUAAGAACCGUAUCCUAGACCUGGUUGAUAUAUUCAUCAAGAAACAACCCACCAGUCCCCUCAUCAUCAGAUUCAUCACACCUCUAGUUGAUCUCACCCUCGGAUCAGGCUCAGACGAAAGGCAGUUGUCCACUAAAACAGCCGGUCUCUUGAAGUCUCGCGUGGGCAAAUUGAGGGACGCGCCUUCGAGCGUGGACAAGGAUGGCGUGGUCCGAGUUCUCGAGGAGCUGCAUACGCGUGCCCGCAAAGUCCACUCGUUGGAUGCGUUGGCUACCAUCAGUGGAUGCAGUCUUUAUGUGUCGAAGGUUCUGCUCCAUGCAGGGGCAGAAGAGCCGGUACUCAAGGUUUAUCGAGAAUCCCUUGUCGACUUCAUCACCAGGAAGGCGUCGGAUUUAAACGCAAAAUUCUUCUACGAUUUCAUCAAGCGCAAUCCAGUUGUCGCUUGGACCCUUCGCGGUGUCCUCAUAUCCGUCACAACAAGGGCAGUGAAUGUAUAUCGCCAAAUCCAAGCCUAUGGGCUUCUCCAAGCAUUGGUCAAUCAGCUGCCAUCUAUUGAUGACCAGCAAAAGGAGAUCGCAUCCUUCAUGUCUUCGUUACGCCAGAAUCUUCAUGACAUCAUCUCAAAAGCCUGUGAUGAGACGACGCUCACAGCUGCGCAACUCAAGGACAUUUUGAAGCUUGCUCUCCUGGCUGUACGCCAAUCAAAACGGUGCUUGUCAAAGCCCGAUGACUUGUCAAAAAUUUGGAUGCCUGCCACUUGGAUCGUCCUGACAUCAAAACUAGCUGGGAACGACCGAUUUAAAGCUUCGACAUCUCUACAAGCUAUGUGUCGCCAGAUAGCGCAACUGGUCCAGGCUCCGGCCGCACAGAGCAAGAAGAAUAAGAUUGCAGUGACGAAUACAGAUGAAGUUACUGGCAAGAGAAAAGCCGAGGCGAGUGGAGAUGACGCAGCGUCAACCAAGAAGGCCAAACGGAAAAAGUCGAAGACGGCUAAUACUUCAUAG